GUAUUGUUUUUUUUUUCAACACACGGCUAUGCUAUUUUUACGUUUGUGGAAUAACUUUCUUCAUCACGUUUGACGUUUCCUCUUUCUUUCCGAGACAGCUCUUGUUUUAUAACACAAUUUCUUUUAUAUUCUCAUUGCUUGCACAUUGAGUUUCCCCCUGUGUGCCCGUUUCAUGUACAUACGUGCAUCCACGGAAUGCUUCUUUUCGCGCCACUCUGUCGCAUUAAGAGGCGUCAAAGGAUUUCGAAAUGCGAGUAAACCGCGCUGACCUUCACGCCUUCUCAUCUCGUGGAUGCUCUGCAUUUCUGCCUGUGAUAUUCCACGAAGCGCGUUGAAAAUCGAGUACGUUUCUCUUGAAAGCGCAUUUCUUUUAUCCUCUUUUCCUUCCUCAGCUUUUACCCUCGUUCUCUGCCGCGAGCACGCCGAGGUUUACGAAACCGCGCACGCAGUCGCCCACGCAACUCAAAAAAUCGAUGCGCACACGUUUUCUCGCAUGCCUCGCGGACACGCAUGCGGCACCAUGAGUUCUAUUAACCCUUCGGAUUUAGUAUAUCUUCGUGUUAAUUGGAACAGUUUUAGACGGCCUUCCGUAUACGUAAUCUGUUUAAAUGUUGGAUUGUGUAACAUCGCGUUUGGAACUGCGCGUCUGCGUGUGUGUGUCAUGCGUCCGCGCUGGAAAGGGAAGUUCGACGCAUGCUUCUUUCCUUAAUGUCUGGUGUACUCGAGGGGUUUUGAUCUACGAGGGGUUCAAGUUUUCGCGACGCUCUCAGUAUCUCGUGUCAGGCUCACGCGAUACGUUUCAGCAAUAGUGCGAGUUAUAAGUCGCGGGUGAUUGUCAGAUUUCCAUUCUUUUUCCAACUAGAUCUCGCAUUGCAAAGUAAGAUGGAGAAUCAUUUUCAAGGCAAAACGGAAGAUGAUAUGGUUGGACAAUUACCUCAAAUUAAUAAGAGACCUUCAAUGUCUCUAAGUAUGGGCGGAUUAUGGGACGUAGUUCCACGACUAGAUCACUACAGAUUAAGUCGUCGUGCAAAAAGACCGUCUCUAAGCACUCUUCAUGAAGGAAAUCUCAUAAAGGACAGCAACGCUGUCGAGACCGGACAGGUCGGGAGCGUCGUCGGACAGCAGGGUCACGGAAUAAAAUUAGGAUGGAUCCAAGGUGUUCUUAUCCCAUGUCUGCUGAACAUAUGGGGCGUUAUGCUGUUUCUGCGACUCUCGUGGGUAGUCGCACAAGCUGGCAUUCUAGAAAGCAUCGCCAUUAUUGGAAUAUCGGCGGUCGUCUGCGUCAUUACAACGCUUAGCCUCAGCGCAAUUAGCACUAAUGGGGAAGUAAAGGGAGGUGGAAUAUAUUUUAUCAUAUCUCGCUCUCUUGGGCCCGAAUUUGGUGCAUCGGUUGGCAUCGUAUUUGCAUUUGCAAACGCUGUAGCGGCUUCUAUGAACACGAUCGGUUUCUGUGAUUCUCUGAAUGACUUAUUAAAGACACACCAUUUAAAGAUCAUAGAUAAUAGCGUGAAUGACGUUAGAAUCGUUGGUACAAUAGCGCUCGUCGUUAUGAUUCUUAUCUGUGCGGUCGGCAUGGAAUGGGAAUCAAAGGCACAAAACUUCCUUAUAGCUGUCAUCGUAGGUGCGAUCUUUGAUUUUUUAAUUGGCACUAUCAUUGGACCACAAACUGAAGAACAGAAAGCAAAAGGUUUCGUAGGAUUCUCUGAGCAAGUAUUUAUGAAUAAUCUAAAACCAGACUAUCGAUUUUCUGAGAAAAACAAUCAAAGUUUUUUCUCGGUGUUUGCCAUCUUCUUUCCAUCGGUUACCGGGAUUCAAGCGGGCGCUAAUAUAUCCGGUGACCUGAAGGAUCCAUCAAGCAGCAUACCUAUGGGAACCCUUCUCGCUCUGUUAAUCUCCAUGUUUAGUUAUGUAACUUUCGUCUUUUUUGCUGGUGCCGCAGCUGUUAGAGACGCAGGUGGUUUCGUCAACAACACUGUUGUGCACUGCAUUCCUCAGAUUAACUGCACGUACGGACUGCACAAUAGCUACUCUGUCAUGCAAUUAAUGUCAUUGUGGGGUCCAUUAAUUUACGCAGGCUGUUUCGCAGCUACUUUAUCGACGGCGCUGACAAAUUUAUUGUCAGUGCCAAGACUCAUUCAGGCUUUGGGUCAAGAUCGAAUUUAUCCUGGAUUGAUUUAUUUUAGCAAGGGAUACGGAAAAUCCGGAGAACCUUAUCGAGGAUACGUUCUUACACUUGGCGUUGCGGCUCUCUUCCUUUUAAUUGCUGAUCUCAACGCAGUCGCGCCACUCAUCUCAAAUUUCUAUUUAGCGUCGUACGCUUUAAUCAACUUCUGCACUUUUCAUGCAGCAUUGAUUCGACCCCUUGGAUGGCGGCCUACUUUUAAAUAUUACAAUACUUGGCUGUCUUUGCUUGGUUUUAUUCUUUGCGUGGCGAUUAUGUUCCUCAUUGAUUGGGUGACUUCACUUGUUACCUUCGUUAUCAUCUUCGCGCUAUAUUUAAUAGUAGUUUACCGUAAACCAGAUGUGAAUUGGGGUAGCAGCACACAGGCGCAAACUUUUAAGACUGCAAUUUCCAUUGUCUACAGGUUGAAUUCUAUUGACGAUCAUGUGAAGAAUUACGCUCCUAAAAUUUUGGCACUAACGGGUCCGCCUGCUGCAAGACCCGCAUUGAUACAUUUAGCGAAUCUCAUCACAAAGAAUAAUUCGUUGCUGAUUGCUGGCGAAGUCUUUUCGACACGGCUAUCGUAUCGACUACGCUCCGUACGUCUAAAUAAUGGUUACUUCUGGCUGCAACAGCAACGUAUUAAAUCAUUUUACCAUUUGGUGGAUGACUUGAGUUUAGAACGAGGUGCUGCUGCGCUGAUGCAGGCUACUGGAAUUGGCAAGUUAGCUCCUAAUGUAGUCCUUAUGGGUUAUAAGACUCAUUGGUCGACAUGUAAUCAUACAGACCUGCAAGAAUAUUUUAAUACUCUUCACAAUGCUUUUGAUAACAAAUUGGCUGUAGCAAUCUUAAGAAUUGCCGAAGGUCUGGAUUGCUCCAACGUCAUUAAUGGAGAAGACAUAAACGGAGAUGAUGAUCAUGGAGUUCUCGCGCAGAGUAGUUAUAAUUUGGCGGGAAACACUUUAAUGCACGCUGAUAGCAAUCUAUCUAUGAGCACGCAGAUUCCUAGAGUACAAAGUGUGCCAACAAUGGGUACUCAAUUUAUUACACCCGAUACGACACCUGUAAUCGGAUAUGCAACUGUAAAUUGGAAAGCUCAAGAAAAUUUAAAACAAAAGAAAAGACAUGUUGUUGAUAAGCUGCUCGAGAGACGAAAUGGUGGUAUGGCUGCUAUACCAGAAAAUGUGACAGUUUUCCAAAAGAAGCACAAAAAAGGAACAAUUGACGUGUGGUGGCUAUAUGAUGAUGGAGGUUUGACAAUUCUCUUACCGUAUAUAAUCAGCACACGCUCAAAUUGGAAGCACUGCAAGAUGAGAAUAUUUGCUUUGACCAAUCAUAAACAUGAUAUCAGCGCCCAAGAAAAAGAAAUGGUCGAGAUAAUGAACAAGGCACGAAUUAACUACAGUAGUUUAAAGAUAGUAGAUGACAUUGGCGUCGAACUAAAACAGGAAACACGGACUUUCUUUGACAAAUUAAUAUCUGAUUUUCGAAUAAACGAUUCUUCCGAAAAUGGUGAAUGUUAUAUUACUGAUAACGAGCUUCAGACUUUACGAGAUAAAACGCAUCGACAAUUACGACUGCGAGAAUUAUUACUGGAAAACUCAAGUCAAUCCACCUUGGUAGUUAUGUCUUUACCAAUGCCAAGAAAAGGGGCAGUUUCAGCGCCAUUAUACAUGGCCUGGUUGGAGACACUUACGAGGGGUAUGCCACCCACAAUUUUAGUUCGUGGAAACCACACAUCUGUAUUAUCAUUUUAUUCGUAGUCCACCGAAUAUUGUCUAGCUAUGAAUGAUAUUUCCCGCCCAUUUUCGUCAAAUUUGAAAGUGGACUUGUAUCUAUGCCAGAAUGAAGAAAUAAACGAAACCAGAGAUAGCCAACUGAGAAAGUUGCUAAACUUGAAAAUGACGAGUACAAUGAAGAACUUUACUAGAAUUCUAUUUAUGAUUCAAUAAGAUUCUUGAACUUGUGCAAAUAUAGUUUGAGUUUCUUAAGUGUGAAAAGUAUGUUGACGAUGAAAAGAUAGAUGAAAAAUCUUUCGGCAGAAUUUUAUUUCUGGAUCGAGCAACAAACAGUGAAAACAUUCUCCAAUUCAAAGAAAUACUAGUUUGUCAAUAAAGUGUGAAAUAUGCCAGUAAUUCAUUUUUAGUAGAAAAAAAAUAGAAUACUUUGAUAGAAAAAACUAAAAUUAAAAAAAAGGAACGGUUGAGAAAAACAACAGUGAAAUAACGAGGAUAAGAAACUGAGAAGAAUAAAGCAUGAAGAAAAUAAGAACAUAAUAUUUUCUGGAAAUGUUUCCUUACGAUUGAAUGAGAGUGUUUGGAUUAGAAAUAUGUAUUAGUGCUAGUACUGUAAAUAAUUCGGCUAUUUUUUAUUAAGUUAAAAAAUUUAAUAAUGUUUCUGUAUAACAAUGUAUAAUGUAUCUAAUUAAGAUUGUAGAUAUUAUUAAAAUUAUUUGAAAAGAA